CAAGUACCAACCCAUCUGCAUCUUCACUUCUCCACGACAGCAUAAGUGUCAGAUUAUGUACACUAUUAAGGUGUUGCUGGCGGUAGCGCUAUGCGCGACAGGAACUCUCUGCGCGCCCCAAAGGCCACCCGUUGGGGGUGGCUCGGAGAAAGAUGCAGUGAUCACUUCUCAGCAGCUCGAAGUCAACUUCGACGGUAGUUACGUUAACAACUUCGAGACGAGUAACGGAAUCAGCCACCAAGAGUCGGGCCAGCCGAAGCAAAUCGACGGUGAGACGCCGGUAGUUUCUCAAGGAUCUACUAGCUACGUGGCACCCGACGGUCAGCAAGUCAGUCUGACUUUCGUUGCCGAUGAAAAUGGAUUCCAAGCCCAGGGAUCCCACAUCCCCACGGCACCCCCAAUUCCCCCAGAAAUCGAAAGAGCACUCGCGUGGAACGCGGCUCACCCUGAAGAAGACGAUGCCGGCCAGGGCAGGCCACCGCCACGAGGUUAAUUACUUUAAUCCUAUCCUAAUUGUGACCUGACGUAAAGAAGCCAGCUUGCCAUGGACACAACCGACCCGAGCUUCCAACGCAUCCAUAAAAAUAAAUAUAGUUUUCUAUAUUUUUUAAUAGAGUACAUGUGUAACAGACCGCGAUACGCACAGGCAAUAUAACUAUACCACGAGAAAAUACUACUACUGUGUGAAAAAUACGAGGAGAAUUAAAAUAGAUGAAAGGGGGAAAAAGAAAGAUUAAGACACCGUCAAACAUGCAGACACGCCAGUGCACCUUGCGCUGCUUUGUGCGCUGCAAGGUCGCUACGUGCAUGUUUGCACUGACAAAAUGCGAAUAUAAGUUGUGACUUUUGUACGUGUAAAUAAAGACUAUUGUCGAAAGAA